AUGAUGUUCCGGUUGCGGGUCAAGAUUUUCUACGUCUACAUCAUAAUUUCGUUCGUGUUUAGCAUCUAUCUGUUCUACCUGAUCUCCAAGUACUCGUUCGAGAGGUUCAUCAACUAUCAGCGACAUGUGCGAAGCAGCAAAUUCCCGGACCGGCCACGGAUACCACAGAUCGUGGGCCACUACGUGGGUGUCGGUACACUGGGCAACUUGUCGAAAGAUUUCAUGAACGCCAACAACUUCGACCCGGUGCCGGGUGUCGGCGAGCACGGUGAUCCGGUGGUGAUUCAGGCGAAAGAUCUGCUUCGGAUGCAGCAACUGUUUCAGGUGAAUCGCUACAAUCUGCUGGCCAGCGACCGGAUCGCACUGAAUCGCAGCCUUCCGGAUGUGCGGAAGCCAAAGUGUGUCGCGAAGCAGUAUCCCUCGAAGCUGCCGACCACCUCCAUCAUUAUCGUCUUCCACAACGAGGCCUGGUCGGUGCUGUUGCGCACCGUUUGGAGCGCCAUCAAUCGCUCACCGAAGGGUCUGGUGCGCGAAAUCCUGCUGGUAGAUGAUGCCAGCGAUCGGCGGUUUUUGAAGCGCGAACUCGAGAACUACGUCCAGAAGCUACCGAUCUCGGUGACCAUCUUGAGACUGAACCAACGGGAAGGUCUUGUUGCGGCCCGGCUGCUCGGUGCUCGGAUGGCAACGGGGGAUACGCUCACUUUUCUCGACGCCCAUUGCGAGUGUUCUCCGGGAUGGCUGGAACCACUGUUGGCCCGGGUGCAGGAGAACCCGAAGAAGGUCGUCUGCCCGGUUAUCGAUAUCAUCUCGGAUGAUAACUUUUCGUACAUCAAGAGCUUCGAGUUCCAUUGGGGUGCGUUCAACUGGCCGCUGCACUUCCGUUGGUACACGUUGAGCGAUGAAGAGCUGGCAGAGCGAAGGAAGGACACUACGACCCCGUUUCGGACACCGGCCAUGGCCGGAGGGUUGUUCACGAUCGAUAGGAAAUACUUUUUCGAUAUCGGGGCGUACGAUGAGCGGUUGAAGAUCUGGGGUGGCGAUAAUCUGGAGAUGUCUUUUCGCGUUUGGCAGUGUGGUGGCGAGAUCGAGAUUGCACCGUGCUCACAUGUCGGCCACCUGUUCCGCAAAAGCUCCCCGUACACCUUUCCGGGUGGUGUCACGGGUAUUCUCAACGAAAACCUGGCCCGUGUGGCACUGGUGUGGAUGGACGAUUGGGCCAAGUUCUUCUUUAAAUUCAACAAAGGAACGGAAGAGUUCAAAAGCUUGAACGUUUCGAAUCGACUUGCGCUGAAGCGAUCGCUAAACUGCAAAUCCUUCGACUGGUACCUGCGGCGUGUAUGGCCACAAAACUUCUUCCCCGCACCGAACAAGUUCUUCGGUCGCAUCCAACCGAUCGACCUGACGUCCACCUUCGACUACCAGGAGUACCUUACGCUGAUGAAGAAGAUAACGCUGAUCAUUAAGAAUCUGAAUCCGGAGCUAAAGUGGAAGUUCCUGAUCAAAUACCUCGGUGAGAAUGUGAAGCGUAUCGGUGACUCGAUGAAAGCGGCCAAGCACACGCCGUACUGUCUGCACAAACCGAAAACCAACACCGCCAUCAACCAACCGUACGGUCAAUCGUACCUGCAAAAGUGUUCCCUCCUGAUCAACGUGCUGGAUGAGCAGUUUGUCAUCGAUGACUAUGGGCGUAUCAUGACGGAUGAGGGCAUCUGUUUGGAUUCCUAUCGCAAGACGACCAUCGAUGGGGAGGAGCUGGUAGAGGGCGUGCGCAAGAUUAAGAUGGUCACGUGUGGCAGCCAGAAACCGAACCAACGGUGGAUUUACGAAACCGAUACGUACCAUCUGAAGAAUGUGGGUGAUGGGGUGGAUUGUUUGGAGCGUAGCGCGACGCUCAUCCACGAGGAUGGUGAAGACAAGUAUGAGCUGUUCCUCGGACCGUGCGACGUACGGAACGAGCUACAGAAAUGGAUGCUGUUCCCGGUAGCGUGGAAGUGAGCGACCAACUCGUUGGAUAGGACAUAUUCGGAGUUUAUAAGGAGCCCUCUUUAGCCCUCUUUCUUCCCACUAGUUAACUCGAGCAAUUUAUUACCGUAAACCAGAUUCAUGGUAGCUUAGGAAAUGUUUAGAACGAACGAACGAGAUACGCAGGCGGAACGGCACACAGACAAACCAGUGCCAAGCAACC